AUGAGCGAUAACUUGUUGCAGGAAGAAUUCCAUCAAAGCCCAUUAAUGAUAACCCUGGUAACCAACGGAUCUGUAGACUUCAGAGGGAGGAUUGCUGAUAAACAAAAAACCGGAGGAUGGAAUUCAGCGCCAUUUAUUAUAGUGAACGAGGUGGCGGAGAGAUUAGCAUUUUAUGCGAUUUCAGUGAACUUGGUGAUCUACUUGGUUAUGGAGAUGCGAGAAUCGAUCCCAACGGCUGCUGUACAUGUGACAGCUUGGAUGGGUUCUGCAUAUGUUUUCACUCUGCUUGGAGCAUUCAUAGCGGAUGCUUAUCUGGGUCGCUUUAAGACCAUUCUAGUUUUCUCCACCAUCUACUCCUUGGGAAUGGUUUUGUUAACACUAUCGGCCGCCAUAGAUGCUCUACGUCCACCUCCAUGCACUGCAAAAUCAUGCACAGAAAUAACUUCCGGUCAACGUGGCUUCCUGUUUCUUGCAUUAGGUCUUGUAGCCAUCGGAACCGGCGGCAUAAAACCGUGCGUUUCAUCGCUUGGCGCAGACCAAUUCGACGAGGCUGACGAGAAAGAAAUGCAAAAUAAAUAUGCUUUUUUUAACUGGUUCUUCUUCGCAAUAAACAUGGGUGUAAUCUUGGGUAUCACUGUAAUGGUGUACAUACAAGAUAAGAAAGGCUGGGUAUGGGGUUUCGGUGUACCCACUGCGUCUAUGAUUUGCUCAGUUAUUAUACUCGCCAUGGGAACGACUUAUUAUCGUUAUCAAAAGCCCAUGGGAAGUCCCUUUACCAGAUUCUUUCAGGUCUUCGUUGCAUCUGUCAGGAACCAUUACAGAGGAGUUCAAGUCGGCAAGGAAGAUGAACUUUUUGAGGUCCAAACUCUUGUUUCUGAUAUAGUUGGCGCUCGGAAACUAGCUCAUACGGAUCAGUACAGGUUUUUGGACAAGGCUGCGAUAAUAACAGACCCAGAGGAAAACACCAAGAACCGAUGGAAACUAUGCACAGUAACCCAAGUAGAAGAACUGAAAACGUUCAUUAGAAUGUUAUCAAUCUGGGCGACUACAAUAGCAUUAGCAAUUUCAUUCGCUCAACUCUCAACAUUCUUCAUCAGCCAGGCUGCCAUCAUGGACCGAACCCUCGGUCCAAACUUCAUCAUUCCCCCAGGCUCAAUCCCCAUCUUCAGCGCUGUAAACGCUCUUUUCCUCGUUCCCAUCUACGAAAAAUGGAUCGUCCCACUCCUCCGCAAACGCACCGGCCACCGACGAGGCAUAACAUCCUUGCAGCGCAUGGGUGUCGGUCUGUUCAUCUCAAUAUUCGCCAUGAUCUCCGCCGCUGUCGUCGAGAAAAACCGCCGGGAAAGUUCCAACACUUCGGCCAUGAGUGUGUUUUGGUUGUUUCCUCAAUUUUUUCUCAUCGGUUCUGCAGAGGUUUUCACCUACGUUGGACAAUUAGAAUUCUUUUACGACGAGGCGACGGAAGGGACGAGGAGUAUUAGCAGUGCAAUGAUGUUGACUGAGAUUGGAAUGGGAAGCUGGUUGAGUACCGCCAUUGUUAAAAUCAUUGGACGUGCCACUGGUGGAGAAGAUAGAGGUUGGCUUAGGCGGGAUCUGAACAAGAGUCGGCUUGAUUACUUAUACUGGAUUCUGACCGGCAUUAAUGUUUUCAAUUUCUUUCUUUACGUCUGGGCGGCUUGCCGGUACAAGGGGAAGAAUGUAGUUGGAGGAGCUGUAAGACAGGAGGCGAAAUCUGAGAAGGUUGGUCGAGGGAAGAAGGAAGAGGCAGGGGAAGACGAAGAAUUUCAAACUGUAACGUUAUGA